CGUCGAUGCUGCUGGGCAACGGCGGGGCAAACAUUCGCCGCCUCGCGCACAAUUCGUUCGUGCACUUGACAAUUCGACCGCGGGGAGAUUCCCCGCAUCCCGACGAUCGCCUUUUGGUCAUUUCGGGCUUUACACGAAAUGUGUUUCGCGCCAUCCGCGACAUUAUUGCGGACAUUCAGGCGCAUACAGGAUGCAACACGACCACGAACGUCGGCCCGCUCGUUGGAGACGAAGGCAGCACGUAUGUGCUCGUCCCAAGUGUGUUUGCGACGCUGAUGAUGUUGAAGGGUGGCGAAAAGCUCAAAGAAAUCGCCCAUGCCACUGGCGCGCGUUUCCAGUUGUCUCCUGUCGAAGACAUGCCGUUGGGCACGACUCUGCGCCGCCUGUACGUGCAUGGCCCCGAGCCCGCUACCCGCAAAGCCGUGGCGCAAAUUAUGCACAAACUAGCAGAGUUCAAUCAACUACCAAACGACAAGAAAGAAGACGAACUGACUUUAAAGACGGUUUUCCCGGAAUCAGCCAUGGAAUACUUGGAGAUGCCGACGCUCAAAUUCAUCAUGCGCCAGCACGGCACAACUAUCAAGAUAUUUCCGAUCGGAAAGUCGAGCGAGUGCAUCGUGACCAUCUCUGGAACACUGAGUCGAAUUCUUGCCACGGAGGACAACAUAUUGCACCUUCUCGACAUGAAUCGCGUGUCCAUGGUGUACUUGCACAAGCAGUUGCUCCACGGCAGACCAACACAGCUACCGCUGAAGCGACCGUUGUCGCCGCCAAUGGCCAACCAGUGCGCCAGUCUCUCGGGAGACACACUGGACCGAAGGAACCGUGACGACUGGGGUGGACGGGUCGUGCAGUUCCAGGCCACGCCUUUCAGCGCCUCCAAAUCCCCUCCGUCGUCUGCCAAUGUUACCAAAGCACCGUAUCGAGAAGUCUUUCGUGGAGAGAACCAUACCAAGCGGCCACGUCCAGAUGAUGCGGAUAUUGUAGCAUCCCAUCGCAAAGUUCGUCUUGUGCAGACCAACUACGACAGCAACACCGUGUCGCCAGCCCUUUUGGACAUUCCCUCGAAUGGAAAGCGCGUGAAUCCGGGUCUCGACCUCAACGCGCCGCUGCCAACUCCUCGAAACAACGACCCUGCACGCACAGUAGUUCUCGCGCAGCAAACCGAGGCCCCGCGAACAGUACGACAAGUCACCACUUCACUAAGUGCUACGUCCAAAGACGGCACGAUUGUGCUGUCCACCCAAUCUUCGAGCGACAAAUCCAACCGGGGCGUAACAUCGACGACCUCAAGAACCAUCAAAAACGACUGUUCGUCCAGCGACCGGGAGAAUUUCCCUACACUCAAGACCUUACCACAUGUACCCACAAAGCGCACAGAAGCUCCUGGACCUCAACCUGAACCACAGCCGAAAGCGACAAAGAAAAACACCACAACAUCAACACCAGCAAUCCUAAAAGUGCAACGACGCAAGUGCACUCAACCGUAUUACAUCGAACAAGACUGGGUCCUCGUACACCUCCUCCACCGAGUCCGGCGGCGGCAUCUGCACCAGAAACGACGGAAGCAGCGAAACCAGCCGACCCUCGGUUGA